AUGGAUAUUCACUGCAAAGCAGACCCCUUUUCGGCCAUGCACCGGCACGGAGGUGUGAACCAGCUAGGCGGGGUGUUUGUGAAUGGCAGACCCCUACCUGACGUAGUGAGGCAAAGAAUCGUAGAGCUUGCACAUCAAGGAGUGAGGCCCUGUGACAUCUCUAGGCAACUACGGGUCAGUCAUGGCUGCGUCAGCAAAAUUCUGGGCAGAUACUACGAGACCGGCAGUAUAAAACCAGGAGUUAUUGGGGGAUCCAAACCAAAAGUCGCAACUCCAAAGGUUGUGGAUAAAAUAGCGGACUACAAGAGGCAGAACCCCACCAUGUUCGCUUGGGAGAUUAGAGACAGACUUUUAGCAGAGGGUGUUUGCGACAAUGACAGUGUUCCAAGUGUUUCAUCAAUUAACAGGAUCAUCAGAACUAAAGUCCAGCAGCCCUUCCAUCCAUCUCCAGAUGGAACAUCUCUGUCGACACCAGGCCACACCAUAGUACCAAGUACAGCAUCCCCGCCUGUAACCAGCGCUUCCAACGAUCCUGUUGGGUCAUACUCCAUCAACGGCAUUCUGGGUAUUCCCAGAUCGAAUGGUGAAAAGAGGAAACGAGAUGAAGAUGGUUCAGAUGGUUCAGGCCCAAACAGUGAUUCUCAGGGUAGUGUGGACAGUUUACGGAAACACCUGAGGGCCGAUGCCUUCACUCAGCAGCAGCUGGAAGCUCUGGACCGGGUAUUUGAGCGUCCUUCAUACCCCGACGUCUUCCCCACAUCGGAGCACAUCAAACCAGAACAGGCUAAUGAGUAUUCCCUCCCUGCCCUGAACCCUGGCCUGGAUGAAGUAAAGCCCUCCAGUACCAACCCAGACCUGGGCCCCAGCGUUUCACAAAGCUACCCUGUAGAAGCCCUCAUCCAUCCAUCCUCAGCCUGCGUAAAGCCAGAGCCAUAUGAGGCCUCCAAGGCUCCUUUCACCCCCUCCUCCUCCUCCUCCUCCUCCCUGGCAGGCCUGGGCCUGGUGGACUUCCAGCCCUGCCACCCUGCCCUCUCACUAGAGGCCCCAGCCCAUUCAUACAGUGGCCACCAUGGCCCCCUCUACGGCCAGUAUGCAAGCCAGCCUAUUCUAGCAGGUCGGGAUAUGGCCAACACAACCCUACCUGGGUAUCCCCCUCAUGUCCCUCCGACAGGCCAGGGCAGUUACCCCACCUCAACACUUGCUGGAAUGGUUCCUGGGAGUGAAUUUUCGGGGAACCCCUACAGUCAUCCACAGUACACAACCUACAACGAAGCCUGGCGCUUCAGCAAUCCAGCAUUACUAAGUUCCCCUUACUAUUAUAGUGCCGCAUCCAGAGGGUCCGCCCCCCCCACUGCUGCCACAGCCUAUGACCGCCACUAGUUACCAUGGAAACCAAAUAAACCUACAGGACCAUGGCUUCAGCCUCCAUGUUGCCCCAGUGUGAAGGGCAUGUUCUACGGGAACGAGGGCAGCUCUACAACAUGUCACACACACUCUACACAACAAACAACUCAUCAUUGGAAGAUUCCUUACUGUGGAGCUGCAGUCAAACUCCUAUUCUUCAAUCUGAAAGACUGUACAUUAUCAGAGAAGCUGAAUGACACAAUAUAUACAUUAUACAGAGGUAACAAAAAAAAGACCAGGAUUUAUUCUUUUUUUACUCUCCCUUUAGUGGUUGUCCCUCUCUUUUUCUUCUUUAUGGACCAAUACAUUCCUUUUCUUGACUGAUCUUGACGAGGACGCUGUCCUAAGAUUACAGUGGCAGCCCUUCUUCUACAUCUCUCCUAUUGUAUUCCAGGGGUGGUGCAUGAGAUCCAUGCAGAGGACAUGUGGGCUGCAGCCAGGUUAUUUGUUCCCAUUCAUACUGUCAUUUGUAACCAACCAAACUUGCAGCAUGAAUAAAUCAAUUGCUUUUUUUAUGAUGCCAUGAGAAGAUUAUUAGGGCAAGUUCUCUGUGAUACACAAUCAGAUGUAAAAAAGAAAAAUAAGUGACAAUACAUAAAAAUAACACCUGAAUUGAAAAUAGAGGAACAAAGAAAUGUCAUGGUCUUCUAUUUACACGGUUUUAAAAAGUAGAAAAUCAAUUCCUAAAGAUUUUUAUUUUGUUUCUAUUAUUGAUACAUUGUGCUGAACUACUGACAGUUUGGAUUUAGUUGUAAUAUUUCUUAUUUGUCAGAAUACUGGAGGUGAUCAAACAAUUAAAUUAUUUUGCACUAUGUUGGUGGUUUUUAACACUGGAACUGUAUAUGCAGACUAUGACGAUGCCUUUAUGUAUUGUUUUACAGUGUAUUGUAUGGUAUUGGUAUGAAGAGCCAUUUGGUGAAGAAUAACUAAACCAUUACUUAAUGACUGUAUAAUAUUUUGGUUGUGAAAGGCACUUAUUUAUGAUUUCUAAAAUGCUGUCGCUUCAUCAUUUCCUUAAUUUCACUGAGUUCUCUCAAGAUGCUUUUGGAACAACUUAGCUUUCUAUUUCACCAAACCCUGGGAGUUUUAUUUUGUUACUGUUUUAACAUACACUAUCCACACAUAUUGAACACAUUUAUUUAACAUUUUAAGUUGACAUAAGUCUUUGGCAUUUAAGAUAUAUCACCUUUUGCAAUCAACCACUCUAUGAACAAAAACAUAACAAGUUAUGUAAUUUAUCAAAAAUAUUGUUCUUCCACAAAAUUCUUAUAUUGCCAUCAUAUCUUAAGUCUGAAAGGACAGGUCAAAGAUUUCAGUGAAAAACAGGGCAAAAAAAUGAGUAAAUGAUUGCCUUAAACGUGUGUUUUCCUCAGAUUUCAACUUUCUUGCAUGUUUCUGCUUAGACAUCAUGUCACUUACCCAGUUAGUCAGUCUGAAAUUACAUUAACUCUAACCUAAAACAAUGGGUACCAUCAUCAGACAUACCAUACCUGUCAAGUGAAUGUACUUUUUAUCGCGUUUGCCAAAGACUUAGUUCUUGUUAAUGUUUAUUUACAGCCUGCAUAUGCAUUCUGAGAGCAGUAUUAUAGGAAAACACAUUGUCCAUUAGGAAAGUAUAUGUAUAAAUUCUAUGCAGUGCAGAUGGUCAUCAUUAUGCAUAUUUAGCUGUAAACCUAAAGGUAGGUGGAAUUUAUUUAAUGUUAUGUUAUUUACAAAUUGUUUAUUUGUAGAAAGAUUUUGUGUGACUUGAAGACACUUCUUCUCUGUAAAUAUGGUAUUAUCACGUUCAUAUGCUGGCCUCACUUGUACAUUUCAAUAAUAA